AUGGCACCGGGGUGUCGGCCAUUGCUUCCUCCUGACAUCCGAGCCCUGGAAGGUGAGGAGGAUGAGCCAGGAGAAGAAAUGGGGGUGAAGCAGCGGGUGAGAAGCGCGUCGGGGGACAGAGCAGCAAAGGCUGACGAGUGGAGGCCGAGGGGUGACGGUGCCCUGCUGGGCUGCCCGUCCCGGGGUGACGAGUGUGGGAGACAGGCUGCAGACAGAGGCUGGAGGCCUGGGGGGAGGCCCCAGGCGGCCAAUGCUGAAGGCAGCCAGGAGCCCCCGCAAGGUUCAGACCAGGAAAGGGGAUGCCACAUAUCCCGGGAAUUCAAGACCAAGACUCAAAUAGAACAGAAGCAUAAAGAAGAGGACCUCCCUUCACAUCCUUCAAGUGCCUACUCCGGGGCUCGCCACCCCACUCUAUUUACAGCAGUAAGUGAGGAGCCCGAGGUCUUCAUUCUCCCUGACCAGGCAGCCAUCGUCGAAUAA